UGUUUGUGAAUUACUUUUUCCAAUAUUCAUGAUUUGUGAGUAAAUAACUAUUUAUUUUAAUAUAAUCAAACUGUGCCUUAAAAAUACUGUUGCAAUUAAAAGUUGGAAAUCCAAGAUUUGCGAUAUUGUCUUUCAAAAUAUAAAAUAAUAUCAAAUCAGGAAACAUCAAAGUGUAUUAAUCCACUAAAUUUAAUUGAAAGAAAUAAAAAAAGAUCCUUGCGCUUAUGGAAGACCUUAAAACAAAUAUUGAAAAUUUAUGUAAGAAAUGUGAGCUAUUAAAUGAAUUUUGCGAUUUACAAAUUCCAAAAAACACUAUUAAAAUUGAAUUAAAAGAACUAAGAAAAAAGGCUGAAGAUGUUGCAAAUCUUUUGGAGGAAACUAGAGAAUUGUAUGAAGUACAAUUACCUCAGCUAAAGAUUCGUUUCCAAGAAAUUAUAGAAAAAAUGAAGAACCAGCAUUUGACGGUUAUGGAUUUGUUGUUAGAAGUAAGGAAAAAGAAGAAUAGCACUUUGGCAAAACCCACAGAAUCAAAUUUAGUAACGCCAUUGAAACAAAAUUUUUCGAAAAUGCUCUUAUCUGAGUAUGUAAAUAGCCCGUUUGUAAAGCAAAAAACACAACCGAAACAAAUUUACUUCAUAAACUUUGAAUUGGAAAUAAAUCCUGCUGAUUUUGAACUGAUACCCAAAUACGUGAAAGGCCGUGAAACACUUUUUGAAUUACAACGAUUUUUGGAUGAUAUUGUUAUUCCUUGUUUUAAUGAAAAAUAUCAACUUGUCCAUAAAAAACGGGAAGGAGUUAAGAACAACACCGAGUUUAAUCUUUGGAAAUUAUACAAAGCCCAAACCGUCCUUUUUCCAAAUGAAAACUUUAUAGCACAAGAUGAAAUAGCAAAAAAGAUGAAUAAGCAAAAAUUAGACAGAAAUUCAUUGUCAAAAUUAGCUAUGUUGAGACAUUUAGGAGUGUUGCAAAUGGAGCAUAAAGAACAAAAUGUAUUUUUUAUAUGGAUACCAAAAGUUUAAUGUGAAUCUUUAUUAUUAAGUUUAUUAUCUUUAGUGCAAAUACAAUUAUAAGUUUUUGAAGUUUA